GCGCCUUCUCGUAUGGACUUUGCCCUCCCGUUCAUUUCCUCCACUUUCUGCUCUCCUUGUUUGACUGAUCGCGUCAAGAUGGCGUCGUCCACCUCAUCGCCGUCUGGCAGCCGCGACGAGAAGAUAGUUCGCGUGCUGUCGACCACCUUUCAGCGGCUCGACGACUUCAACGGCCGGGCUGACGAGGCGACGGCGUACGCCACGGCGGUGGUGGCGGCCGCGCGUGCCAACAAUGGCACGGAGGAAGAGUUCAAAGAUCAGGUGAUGUGCAUCGUGGCAAAUGUGCGGAAUUUGAAUGGGCAGAUACGCGGUACUGAAACCCAAAUUGCCGCUGCCGAGCUCGCCGUGAUGGACGCCAAUGCGAUGCGCACGCACCAACAGAAGCAGAAAUUGGCCGCCCUUCACCGCAAGCGGGCGCGGGAGCAGACGAGCAUCGACAAGACGUCGCUGCACUGCACAAAGUGUGGGCUGGUGCGGCGGGACCGGCUGAACAUCAACGAGCUCGCCCUCGACUCGGAGGAAAGCGGGUCGCACUUCGACUACAAUUACGAUAAUGUCUGCACGUGUUCCCACUCGAGCGAGGAGGAAAGCGAUGGGUCGGAGGAGGAGCAGGAGGCCGACGACAAGCGCAAGUCAUCGAAGAGCUCCUCGACGAGAUCUGGCUCAGAGAGCAGCUAA